UACAUGGUAUUUCGACAUAAAUCAACCGUCAAACCUGUUUAGUUAGUUACAGUCAUUUAUAGUACUGUGAGUUGUUUUGUCAAAACUUAAUCUUUUUAUUUUGACCUAAAAUAGGGAACUUUUACCGAGUGGCAAACGUAUCCUGAAGUGUAACGAGAAGGUUGAGUCUUUAAAGGCUACUUCUGGAUCUCCUGUAACGACUUAUGAGAUAAUGAUUAUUUGUUCAUAGUAACUCUAUGUUACUGCAAUGAAUCCACGGGUCCUGUCAGUGAGAGCACUGCUCUUCCUCGGGCUUUGGCACACGGGAAGAAGAAGUUUAGCCUCAGCUCCAGAGCUGCAAGAUCCACCCAAAAAGAUAGCUAUAGUGGGAGCAGGUAUUGGCGGCACAUCUGCAGCGUUCUACCUGAGACAGGAGUUCGGACCUGGGGUGAAGAUCGAUGUCUUUGAACCAGGAUCUGUCGGUGGGAGACUGGCAACAGUGAAGAUGGGAGAUUACGAGUAUGAAACAGGAGGCUCAGUGAUCCAUCCUCUCAACUUACACAUGAAGCACUUUAUUGAAAAAUUAGGUAUUCCUUCAAGGAAAGAUGUCCCCUCAAAAAUGGCCAUCUUUGAUGGAAAGGAGCUCACGUUUGAAGAGAGUGACUGGUUCAUAAUAAAUUUCUUCCGCUUGCUCUGGCGAUAUGGGUUCAGCUUCCUUCGGAUGCAGAUGUGGGUGGAGAGUAUUUUGGAUAAGUUCAUGAGGAUCUACCAGUACCAGCAGUACGGUUACUCCUUCUCCAGUGUAGAGAGGCUGCUGCACGCCAUGGGUGGAGAUAGUUUUCUAACUCUGAUGAACCAGACCCUGGAGGAGACGAUGAUAGCUGAAGGAUUUUCACAGAUCUUCCUCAAUGAUAUUGUCGCACCCAUCACUCGAGUCAACUAUGGCCAAAGUGUUCGCAUCAACGGCUUUGUGGGUGCGGUGUCGUUAGCUGGAGCAGAUUCAGGCUUAUGGGCAGUAGAUGGAGGCAAUAAGAAAGUGUGCUCAGGACUGCUGUACUACAGUAAAAGUGAGCUCAUCUCUGCGAGAGUCACCUCUAUUUCUGUCAAGGUUCGACCAUCCAAAACAGGCCUCACCAGCAGUUUCUACGAGGUGAAUUAUGUCGACGAAUCCGGCUCAGCACAUGCUCUGUAUGACAUCGUGGUCAUAGCAACACCGCUUCACCAGGGAAAGUCUGACAUCACCUUCUCCGGCUUCUCCCCUCCAAUCCCAUCCCACUACCCUGGACGGUACCACCAGACCGUCUCCACUCUGGUCCACGGCAUGCUGAACAUGUCAUACCUCGGCACCACUGAGCCAGCCUCGCAGUUCACCGUGUCUGACAUCCUCACCACAGACACAAAGGGUUCCAUCAUCAACAGCCUGAGCUCCAUCGACCCCAUUCACAUCCCCUCUGAUUACAAACGUCCUCCUGCCAGCGAGGCCAAAGUGUGGAAGGUGUUCUCCCCUCAGUCACUUUCCAAGGAGCAGCUCAAGGACAUGUUCCUCUCACAGGACUCUGUGUCUGAGACGCGUUGGCUGGCUUAUCCUUCCUACCGCCCCCCACACAGGAGAACUCCCCCCUUUAUUCUUCACAACCGGCUGUACUACCUCAACGCCGUGGAGUGGGCGGCUAGUGCCAUGGAGAUGAGCGCCAUCUCAGCAAGGAACGUGGCCCUGUUGGCACAUCACCGCUGGCAUGGACAAGUCGGCAAGAUAGAUCAGGAGGACCUCCACACUCGACUACGAGGAGAACUCUGAGAACAAAAAAGCAAUAAAAGUUUAAACUCACAGGUACUCAUGGAAACGCCUGCUGCACUAUAAAAACACUCCUGUCAGGCAAACGUCUUCAGGUAUCUGGGCUUAACUGACCUCUUUAAGCACAAUUUCAUGGGUGUCACUGUGGUAAUUUUGACUAUUUUUUCUAUCUUCCUAUUACUGCAUCAAUGGCUUAGACCCGCACAGUAAGAAUGACAGAGAAGUCAAAGAAGACUUGUUUACAGUUCAGCAUGUAAACAGAUUAUGUUGACCUGGAUUUGGAGGGAGAUAAUCCCUUAAAGCAUAGAAAACAUGACUUAGCCUCCACAAAUCUCUGCAUUUUAGAAAGUGAAGAGUUUAACUACCAACAGAACCUUUACCAAAAUAAAAAUGAAAAAAGAAUUGUGGUAAUAGGUGGAAAAAAUGUGUACAUUACAUAGUAUGGCUGUAACUCUUAAUUACGGUCAGCAUUAAAACUCCUAUGAGGAGUUUUAAAUGAGCUAUGAAAUGGACUGAAAUUAAUGCUAAUCACCAUUUAGGAUCUAAAAAAGAAAAACACAAAUACUGAUUAUUUUUAUGAGGUUUUAGUAACGUGAGACUCUGCAGCAGGGUAGAUUUCAGACAAUGGAUUCUGCAAGGAAAGCCUUUAUUUUAGUAGUUGUCUUCCCAACAGGGGGCGGCAAAAUCAACACAAAUCAAAAACUCCUACAGGGGCUUAUGAUUAAUCCAACUAUGUGAAAUAUUUAAAGAAUUGUUAAAAAUGAUCAUCACAGAGCACAGAUGGCCUAGCAGUUAGGUUGCACCCGGGUUCUUGCCAGCUGGUGGCUUCUUCCUGCAAGCCAUUCCCGACUCUCAGCCCAUCUCAGACUGUCCUCCUCUAUGAACUAAGGCAUGAAAAGACCAAAAAUAGAUUUAUAAAGAAAGACCGCUACAAUCAGGGUCUGAAAUUAAUGGCCCCCAAGUUUGCACUUGGUAGGUUUUCUGUUUGGUAGUGUGCCAAGUGGCAGAUAAAUCUAUGUAAAGAAAUAGUCACGUAUAAGAAAAUGAUGCAAAGUUCAAAUUGGGUUUGUUGUGAGGCUCCUCUGUUGGAGCUGAACGCACACAGGAACGCCACUGCCAUGGAGUAACUGUCCAAACCACACAGCUCAGAAAACAUGCGAUUCAUGGCUCCAAGAAAAUGCAUCAUAAUGGUGAUAGAUACAUUUACUAAUAUGAAAUCCCUAUGCAUGUUUUUAGUCAGCUGAAAGAAGCGAUUAGUGUGCACAGGUGCUAUGGAGAAUCACUGAAACCAGCCUGACCACAAAGGAAAAAAGUUUUUAUUCAGACUGCACAAUUUUAGCCAGAACACUAAUCCUGAUUAUUUUGAGUAACAAUGUAAGCCCGAUUAACAAUUAUGUUUUUUUCUUUUGUUUUUUAAGGACUUUGUGGUUACAUAUUUGUUGUCAGAGCUGGACUGGGACAAAAAUCUGACCUGGCAUUUUUGGCCCACCUGUGCCCCUAACAGCUGGCCAAACACAACCCAUCAGUGUCUCUGUAAAUAGACCUGCUGUUCAGCUGUUCAGCAGUAUCCAUACUCAAGUGGUUCAUAAUAUUUAAGCUUAUUAUGACAGCUUUUGGAACACAUUUUACAUGCUAAAAUUGACAGCAAUCUGUGGAGAGCACAAUUAGAUUGGAUUAAUUGCGCAGCCCUAUUUGUGAUACUUCAGAAGAUGUGGCUGUGAUCAGACUGUCAGUAGGACUUUCUCCAUUCUUACUUUUUCACCAUAUCUGCAUUUAUUGUGCAGAUAGCUGCUGAUAGUUGCAAUUUCAAACUCUGUUUGACCCAAAAACGGAAGAUUUAUAUGCUAAAUAUAUGCUCCCUGUUACUCACAUUUUAUGUUAUGAUACACACAACACGAGCAGGGCUUUUAUGUGUUUAACACCACCAAAAGUGAAACAAAUGAUAGUGUAAAAACUCUCUUUUUGUCGACUAUAGAAGGCUUGUUAUUCACAGAAGGGUUUUUGUUGUGAUGGAUCUAAGGGGUGGCCCUUACUUUAAAAAUAGAAAUAAAAAAAAGGCAGAGCAAAGAAAUGAUUGCUGUUUUUUCCUGAUAUGAAAAAUUCUUUUCAUUUAAUGACAAAGAAAGCAGCAAAUGAUGCCGCUGAAUCCUGUAAAUCUUUGACAUUACUGACUGAAAAGUGACUGGAAAUGCUGAAUCAAUCAUCAAAAUCGCUCAGUGUUUCCUUUAUUCUGCUAAUCAAUGACUUGAUUAGUUGUUGUAUUAAUCUCUAGUGCCAGAUUUUGUCAUCACUGUGAAGCUUUCUGCACUACAGGGUACACACGUUCCUCAGUGUUCCUCUGUCUACCAGGGUGUCUUGUAAAGUAUUUUUCGAUGAUUUAAGUGUAAGUAUGCACAUUGCUGCCUGCAGCUAGCUUCCUGAAAAGCUGCUGAUACAACUAAACAUGGUAAGCCUUAGGCAAAAUGAUUUUUCUGGUAGUAUAAAUGUCCUUUUAAUUUUAAAGUUGUGUCUUCCUUUAAGCAGUCUACUGUAUGUUUGUGAGUUCAGGCAGCAGAGUUCUUUCACUAUGAUAUUUUCUUUGUUGUUUUUGUUGCUGUAAUUUUAAUGACGAUAAUGAAAGAGUCUGAUCGCACUGAUAAGAUAUGAGCUGUAUAUUUGUAGCUCUUUAACUCUGUAAUUGUGCCUUAUAAAUCCAUUAUUUGGCUUCAGUCUUUAUUGAAUGAGAGGAAUCCCUUUAAAGUAAGAGCUCCUUUAGUCCUGCAGGUCCCUUCUGUCCUGAUGUUUAAUGAAAUUAGACCAAACUGAAAACGAUGAUGCAUUUCUGUAUUUUGUUGUAACAUCUAAAGUAGAUUUGUUUCUGUGAUUUCUCUGAUGUCAUGAUUUUCAAACCACUGUCCUUUUCUUUUACAACUCUAAGAGACUAAACUGUUGUUAGUUUGAUAUCUAUGAAGCACUUUUAGGGGCCUAUUUUUGUAGAUUUUUCAAAGAUGUUUUCUGGUUACGACUUUAUGACAAAAUGUACUGUAGCAACAACAUUAAAGUGCUGGUUA